UGAUCGACACCACGUCGCCAACCUCAAACAAACUGCCUUGUUUUUGCGUUGUGACAAUGACAAAGUUGAGAUGGCAGGGGAUGGUGCAACAGGGAUCCAAGCACAAUGCGCUUUCUGGGGAAAGAUGGGUAUUGAAGACCAGUUCUCAACUUACCGUACCUGUUGGAGAAUCCUCCUCGCUGGGGUAGCCACUUGAAGCAGCAAUGACCCGAGUAGGGCACAAUAGUCCGAGUGACGAUGGCCGAUCUUUGCUGGAGCUCAGAGCUCUGCUGUUGGACCUCGUAGGAGAAAGUGCCCUCUGUUACCCGCAGAUGUCGCCAGCAAGACACCAGCACUGUGCUGAAGGCAGGUUGAGCACCGGGCGUUUGCGACAAGUUUUGAGCAGCGGACGUUCAAAUUUGAAGAGAGAGUGCAAAGAAAGCGUGGCUGAUCGCUCUGGAUCGUCUUCACUGACACUCUUCAAGUUGCGACUGACUAUCAGUGCCGGACAUCGGCUUGCCACGGCAUUCAAGUUUGAGCAGCCUUCCUAAGCUCAUUCGCUCGCUGCACUCAUUCAUUCACUCAACUGGAAGAUAUCCUUUGGCAACCAUGCACACAACAAUAUAUGGCCCAGGUACCUGCAAAUUGAUCUGACAGAAAGUAUUUCCACCAGCUCUGAUGCCCACAGCUCUCAAUCAAUAAUGAUGAUGACCAGUGCCAGUG